AUGGGUUCGCUUCACGAGAAUGACUGUAAGCCGGUAGGCUCCUACCCACCUUCGGGUAUCGACGUCCUCAUCGUCGGCACGGGGCUUGCAGGGCUAACGGCCUCCAUCGAAUGCGUGCGCAAGGGCCACAACGUACGGGUUCUCGAGCGACAUGAUGACAUAAACACAGCAGGCGACAUGUACUUUAUGGGCCACAGCGCUACUAAGUUCUUCCGCCACUGGCCCGAGCUAUCGAAGGAGUAUGAGGAGAUAUCGAUGAAUAACGCGUGGAUCGAGACCUUCAAGCACGAUGGAGAACGGGUCAUCACGCCGCUGAAGGUCUCAGAACGCCUCCGCCAAGCGGGCAUGGACCCCAACACCCCGCCAGGCGCCUUUCAGAUGCGCCCGCUCAUCUACCGGAUGUACAUGAACGAAGUGAGCAGGCUCGGGAUUAAGAUCGAUUUCGGCCAGCGUGUCGUCGACUACUGGGAAGACGAGUCGCGUCAGAAAGCCGGCGUCGUGACGGACAAGGGCGACAGAUUCGAGGCCGACAUCGUCAUCGCGGCCGACGGCGUGGGAUCCAAGUGUCAGAAGCUGGUAGGCGGUCAGGUCAGGGCGAUGAGUGCGGGUAGAGCCAUGUGGCGCGCUGCCUUCCCAAUUCAUCACCUCGACAAAAACCCCGAGCUGAAAGCUUUCCUCAAAUUCGGCGGUCCCAAUGAGGACGAGCCAAUAGUGAGGACUUGGCUUGGACCGGGAACGUAUGCGAUGGUUCUGGUUCGCAAAGAGACUUGUGUGUGGAUUAUGAACCACGAGAUUACUGGUUCGGAAAAAGAGAGCUGGGUUCACACUGUCGAAUGGCCUGAUGUCCUCAGUAACAUGGACAAAGGCCUAGGCGACCAUCCAUGGGAUCCCAGGAUUAAGGCGCUCGUGAAGGUGAUACCGCCCAAGACAAUUGUCAACUUCGAAUUGUUCUGGCGUAACCCGCAACCAUCGUGGGCAUCCAAGGGUGCGCGCGUUGUCCUCAUGGGCGACGCCGCGCAUUCUUUCCUGCCUGCCUCUGGCAACGGCGCGACACAGGCGAUCGAAGAUGCCGUCUCCUUAGCCAGCUGCCUGCAAAUCGGCGGAAAACAGAAUGUGCCUGAAGCGGUUCGCACUCACGUACGUUUCCGCUUCAUCCGCUGCUCGUGCGCGCAGAAGAUGGGCUUCUCCAAUGCCGAGCUGUUGCAACACCCCGACUGGUCUAAGGUUAAGGUGAACCCGAAGUUGGCGCAGCCGAAGCUGCCGAGCUGGAUCUGGAAACACGAUCCCGAGCAGUACGCGUAUGAGAAUUACGCGAAGAUGGCUGAGACGAUUAAGAAGGGGAUCCCAUUCGACCAGGUCGACUCGGUUCCGCCUAACUACCCGCCCGGCUAUAAGUACAAGUCCUGGAACAUCGACGACAUGCAGAGGGAGGUCGACGAAGGCACCGUCGACAUGGGAGGCGGGAACUGGGAUUAA